CUUCGCGUUUGAUUCCGCUGAAAACAACAACCUUGAAAAACGCACACGGACGCGGCGUUUUAAUCACGACUCUUAGGGAAACAGGGCUGCAGAAUGUGGGCUCCUCAUAUUCUGCAAGACCCACCGGUCUACACCCGCCAAGCCGAACCAGAAUACGCUUUUGGAACUGCACGCCAGCGUGUUCCUGAACGUCCACCGGAGAUGGCAAAGCGCCAGAAUAGGAUGACAGCAAGAGCUGAGGUGCGACGUCAGCAACAAGAGCCGAGUGUAUGGGACGAACGGUCCCACCCAUCAAACUCGCUGGAAGAGAGUAGGCGAUGGUACGCCGAACAGAUAGCAAAACAGAUGCGUAAAGGCGGACUUUUUGAAGAUCCUUUCUUGCCAGCCAGCUCUACAAGCAUUGGGCAGGGACUGAUUCAAAGCGGUCGAAACUAUGAGUGGCGAAGACCUCAUGAGAUAAUACGUGAUCCACAGUUUGUCACUGAUGGGAUCAGCCGAUUUGAUGUGGUCCAAGGCGAAAUAGGUGACUGUUGGUUCCUAGCUGCCGUCGCAAGCUUGUCCAUGUAUCGAGAUUUGAUGCAGCAAGUCGUUCCUUUCGGCCAAUCCUUUGAUUCCAACCGAUCUAACGCGGACGGGUUCUUCCCAUACUGCGGAAUGUUUUGGUUCAGAUUUUGGCGGUUCGGCCAGUGGCUUGACGUCGUGGUGGAUGAUCGACUUCCAACUCGUAACGGGCGUCUUGUGUUCAUGCGCUCUACCGAUCGAAAUGAAUUUUGGUCCGCUUUGAUGGAAAAAGCAUAUGUAAAACUUGCCGGUAGCUACGACGCGAUGCGUGGGGGUGCCACAAGCGAGGCAAUGGAAGAUUUCACCGGUGGCCUAACUGAGAUCGUCUCUCUUGGCGAAAAGACCCCUCCGAAUUUGUUUUCUUUGAUGGAAAUCGCCCAAAAGAGAACGUCGCUAAUGGCGUGUGCAAUUGAGGCCACAGCGGACCGGAUCGAAGCAGAAGGUCCUCACGGUUUGAUUACUGGACAUGCCUACUCCAUCACCGAUGUUCGCAGGGUACAAACCCACUACGGACAGGUCGAGCUUGUACGGUUGCGUAACCCUUGGGGUUCGGAACACGAAUGGAAUGGACCAUGGGGUGAUAAAUCAAGCGAAUGGAGAAACAUUCCCCCAGACGAGCGAAAAAGAAUGGGUCUCACAUUUGAAAAUGAUGGAGAAUUUUGGAUGUCCUUCAAGGACUUCACACGGUACUUCACAAAAGCGGAAUUUUGCCACUUGGGUCCGGCAUCUGGUAGCUUCGGAAGUCAAACAAUACUGGAGAAGCGGAAACGCCGCUGGGAAAUGACACAAGAGGAGGGCGAAUGGGUCAAGUACGCCACUGCAGGUGGAUGCAGAAACUAUCGGGACACAUUUCACAUUAACCCGCAGUUUCGAGUUCAAGUUAUCGAUCCGGAUGAGACAGAUGAUGAUAAUUAUGGAAGCAUCAUCGUUGGCCUGAUGCAGGAGAGUCGCGUAGAUUCCAACACAGAGCUUCAGACCAUUGGUUAUGCAAUCUAUCGACUCAAGGACCACCGCGAAGGACUUCUAGGGAAAGCCUUUUUCUUGUCAAAUAACACCGUUGGCAGUUCUCAGACGUUUACCAACCUCCGUGAGGUGACCAACCGUCAUAGGCUCCCACCAGGAGAAUACAUGAUUGUCCCUUCGACGUUUGAACCAAACAAGCAGGCGAAGUUCAUCUUGCGGGUGUUUUCCGAACGGCCAUGUCCGUCGGAGUAA